AUGCCUCCCUCGUCCUCCAUAACUGCGUUACCGCCACAUAGGCCAGAUGCCUACACCACAGGCCAUCACAUCGGCAAGCCACCCACAAGCUUCAAGAACCCAUGGCCCUCGUACAAGAACGACGGCAUAAUCACCGCUCUCCGCGCGCGCUUCAGCACCCCAAAGAACUUCGUCCCAGUGCCCGCCGAUCGCCUAGGCCUGGUUCAAGUGCGCAAGCCCGACUUCAACAAUACGACCAACGGCUUGAAGGCGACAUGGAUAGGACAUGCGAGUUUCCUGAUUGAGACAACGGCUUCAGAGGGGAACCAAAGGGGCAUGCGCAUCCUUCUCGAUCCUGUAUGGAGUGACCGCGUAGGACCAUAUGGCAUGGUCGGCCCCGUGCGCUUUACACCUCCACCAUGCACCAUCGAUGAAUUACCUGAAAUCGAUGCUGUUUGCAUAAGCCACGACCACUACGACCACCUCGAUUCUGACACGCUGAAGAAGUUGAAUGCGAAGCAGAAUGGAGACUUGCGCUUCUUCUGCGCUUUGGGCGUCAAGACCGUCCUAACAGGGCUCGGCGUAGGCAUCAAGGCCGACCAAGUCGAGGAGAUGGACUGGUGGGACGGCAUAACAAUAUUCAAAAAGGGUGUAGGAGGCGCAGAACUGAUAUGUACACCCGCCCAACAUCGAUCUGGGCGUACGCCCUGGAACUUCGACGGUACACUGUGGUGUAGCUGGAUCAUCAAAGAGCCUUCUUCGUCCGGCAAGAAGGUCUUUUUCGCCGGAGACACGGGGUAUUGUCAUGUUCUGUCUGACGACCAAUACUCGCACCACAACGCGCCACAUCCACCUUGUCCGGCUUUUAAAGAAAUUGGCAAUUUAUACGGUCCCUUCGAUCUGGCGCUUGUGCCUGUUGGUUGCUUUAAGCCAAGGUCUAUCUUGUCUGGUCAACACUCUAGUCCGCAGGACUCUUUGGCUAUACAUAGGGAUGUCAAAAGUAAGAAGAGUAUAGGCAUGCACUUUGGUACGUUCCGUGGUGCAUACUCGGCGAACUACGAACCGGUUACUGAGCCGCCUGAACGCUGGCGGAAGGGUGCAGAGGCGGACGGUUUAAGGUGGGGAGUCGAUGUGGACCUCUGUGACAUCGGCGGAACGGUCGUGGUGUAG